AUGCGCGCCUUCUCUACUGUACUCGUUGCUGCUGCCUUCGUUUUCUCUGCUCAUGCUGCUGCCCUUGACAAGAGAGCCAUCUCUGCUCCUGUUCAACUUUGUAUCGACGACAUCAACUCUGCUGCUGCCCAACUGGCUAUUGUUAAGGCCGAUGUUGAUGCCUUCAUUAGCUCAAAGGGUUACUCUGGUGCUUUGGCCAUCCACAACAAGGAACAGGUCCUCGAAACACGUCUCAAGAAAGCUGGUACUGACUGCUGCGCAUUUACUGGUACCGUUACCACCGAGGAAGCUGAUGCCGUUCUCAACACCGUAAGCACUCUUGUCCCUCAAGUUUCCGCUGCUUUGACGUCCAUCGUCACCAAGAAGCCUCAAUUCGAUGCCAUCUUGCUCGCUACCACUUUGGUAAAGAGCGACAUCAAGAACUUGGAUUCUCAAACCAAGACUUUGGAUACUUGCUUGCUUGCCAAGACACCUUCUACUCAUUUGGAUGCUGCCAAUGCUUUGGUCAAUCAAAUCAAUACUUCCUUCUCUACCGCCAAAACCGCUUAUGGCAUUUAA